AUGGUCGAAGGGAUAACGUUUCUUUUCGUCCUUUCAACGGCCAUGUUUUUCGGCAGUUACAUCGCCGGUUCGAUCCCGUUGAUGUUUAAUCUUUCCGAGGUUUUCGAGUCAAUUUUUUUUAUUACAUGAUUUUUCUAUUCUAGUCACGAAUACGUAUGGUCAGUAUUUUUGGUGCUGGGCUCUUAGUGGGUACAGCUCUCUCGGUUAUCAUUCCAGAAGGCGUUGAGUCACUUUACGCCGCUCAGAACGGUUUUUAAGCGGUUGACUAUAUUUGAGCUUGAUAUAAAACUUUCAGAUGCCCAUCAUUCUCACGAACAUCACGUUCCGGCUGUUGUUAACCCGGCAGAAGCCAAGAAACUUUUGGAAAACACGAAAGACAAGCAGAAUAACGAAGACUUGCCGAGGAUCAUUCCAAAAGAUGCGGUUCUAAAUGAGGCGUACGUUUUUUUUCGUGGUUUAUAAAUCAAAUUGUGGUGUUCAGAAUAGCUAGAGCAGUGAGAAGGGUACCUUCUGAGGAAGUUAGCCAGCGUGUUCAAGGUUUGAGAUCGAAACGGCAAGCAGGUUUGUUUUUAUUGUUAAAUUUGAAAGUAAAUCGUAAGAAAAGAAGUUUGUUUAAUGCGUUUCUUACUAUUAUUUGAAAUAAGCGCUUGUAAAUUGGAACAGGAAUAUAUUCAACCAUUUUUUCAUCUUUUUUAAAUGACAGUCUCAACCGGAACAACUUCUUAGUCUUCGGGAAAUAAGGGCUCAAAGAAUCAAAAUAGCUCAUUUUUUGGGAUAUUUAAGUUUUUUUUGUCUUUCGGGUGGCCUUGCCCAAGAACCAGGUAGUUGGGCAGGUUGAGACUUUCAGGAUUUUCUUCUGGAGCCACUUGGCCGAUUUUCAGAAAAUUCACAAGCAGAAGGACCUUCCUUGUUAGUUGAAAAAUAUAGCAUACACGGAAAAAAAUACAGCUCUAUUAAUUAUUUGUCACAUUUUAUAAGAUCAAGGUGCAAAAUUCGUAUCUUCAGAGCUACAUCUGUGAAAUAGGAGUGUAUUGUAUUUAGAAUGUUUUCUUGAUUUAUGAAGAAAAAACUACAGAAAUAUCAGUUUUUUCCAUGAUUUCCUCUGCAUUUUCAGUCCACGAAUCUCAUACGAUCAAGGAGAACAGUGCCACGAAUCAACAGGACGAUCAUAAGGAGGAACACUCGCAUUCUCACAAUAUCCACAAUCAAAUCGGAACUUCAUUAGUCGCCGGAUUCGUACUGAUGCUUCUGGUGGACCAAAUCGGCAGCGCGGCUGUUUCUCGAAGUCAGUUUCAGUAUCAUUUUCAUUUUUUAAAUAUCAUUCUGUGUUAAUAACUAAAAAAAAACUAUAAAUUGGAACCUCUCCUAUUUUUUUAACAAUGUUCCAUCGCUUUUUUUAAUGAUUUUUUUAAUAAUUUUAAAAAAAUUCACCAUAUUUCUAGUGCUUACGUCUCUUGAAGUUUGAUAAGAAAAAUCCAAAAAAAAUUCAGAUUGUUCAUUAAAAAGCGACAAAAAAGGGUCCAGAAAAGUUGUGAUUUUUUUUAUUUCCCAGUUUGAAGGGUCAAAUAAUUUUUUAAACUCCUUUUCCGACAAAAAAUUGAUAUCCCUUUUUUCUAGAUGAUCGAGCUGGUAGAAGUCGUAUUGGAAUCUCGGCAACUAUUGGAUUGGUUGUCCAUGCUGCAGGUAGUUUUGAAAAAAAAAGUUUAAAACACUGAAAUUUCUCUAAAACUGCGGUGAACAGUCUCUCAAUCCUCAUUUUUAUCGUACUUUCAGAUAGAAUUCAUGUCUUUGCGAGUAUUUUUUUCUCUAAGAAACUUCUGAAAAUCGCCAGAUUCUCUUUAUAAGUCUCCUUUUUCUCUUCAGUUCUACUACCCUCAGAAAAGACAAGAAAAAAUUGUUUGCUCACGACUCCCUCGUUUUACAGAAAAAGUCCCAACGACCUCAAAAAGGCCUUAAAAAGAGCCCAAAGCUCAUUUUUGAGUUCUUAAAAAGGUGUCAAAAGUCUCUCGGGAUCUCUUUUUUUACACCUUUUUUUUACACUUUCUUAAAAUAUCCUUUUUGAAAGAGGUCUAGAAAAAAAGGCGGCUUUGAGACCUUUUAUUUAAAAGUCCUUUUUGAGACGUCUUGAACUUUGUCCGGGUAUGGGGCUCUUUCUUUUUAAAAUUCUAUGAAUUUGCGUUUUUUUUUUACUUCUGCAGACCGAAGUACCGAGUGCUACAAAUAACAGUCUGGAAAGUUACAGAAAGAUUAAACUCUUCACAGAAAAAAAUGGAAAUCAAAAAAAAAACUUCGUUUCGUAUCUUUUCUGACGGUGUGCAGUUUUUUUCUAAAUUUCCACGUGAAGUACCAAAAAAUAUCCCUAAUUUUCAGCCGACGGCGUCGCCCUCGGAAGUGCUUCGGUAAUCAACAAAUCCGACGUGCAGUUGAUCGUUUUCGUGGCCAUUAUGCUACAUAAGGUUCGCUUGACCUCUUUCGCAAAAAUCGAUUUAUUGAAAAAGAAACUGGCUUAAGAAAAAUGAUGAGAAAAAGUUGCGAUUUAACGACAGUUUAGAAGGGCGAAAAUUACUUUUUUGAGAGUUCUAUGUAACACGGUUUUUCUUUAUUUUUUAACGCCUUUUGCUUUUUGAUGAAGUUCUGACGCUUUUAAAAAGCCGAAAAUCUUUUUUUCCAUUGAUUUAGAAUCUAGAUGCUUCAAAAUAGGUUUCUACCUCUUUUCAUUGAAAAAGUUAGACUGUUUUGAUCCAGAAACAAUCAAAUUAUUGUAAAUAACGCGAAAUAGAAAAUUGAAAUCUUUUUUAUUGGUCACUACAUUCUAACAAAAAAAGUAAAAAGUAAAGUUUUGAGAAUUCAAUUAAACUUGGCUGAAGUUUCUUUAGAGCUCAUCACUUCCAGAUUUUUUUCAACUUUCUUGUGUUUUAAAGAAAUUAUGAUGAUUUGAAGAAACAAAAAAAUCUUCUUGUUCUAUCAAUUCACCUAAUUUGAGAACCUUGACAAAAGACAAACAGUGGUUUUUUUUUUUGAAUCAUGAGCUUGAGAAGAGUUUUUCUAGCUGAGGUCAAUCGAGAAUUUUGACCAAUUUGGUCCAGAAACAAGUGAUUUAUUCUCAAUAACACGAAGCAGAGAAUCGAAAACUUUUGUUCAAGUCACUCUGAUAUUUUCUGUAAAAGCAACCACUUGCGGUGCCGGUGAUAUUUUGUUCUUCCGAGUGAAUUUCAUCCUCAAUAGGGAUAUGAAAAUUUUCCUCUUUUUCGGGUUCCCAAUGAUGAAAGAUAGUGGCACGGUGUAAGCUGAAAUAUUCCAGUUUUCAUGAAUUAUCAGCUAAAAAUCAACCUGCAAUCAAAACAUUAAUAAUAUAUAACAUCGAUGCGACUCCUCCUUCCAAUUUUUGUUCGGAAGGAGCUUUCAUAAGGGCAGAGUCGAAAGACGUUAUCUGUUUGAAAAUAAGCAAGUAUUCUCAAAAAGAAGAAGCUCACAAAAGAGUAGAUUGAUAUGGGCAAAGCCUGAAGAACGAUGGUCUUAUGAUUCCGAUUUUGAGAAUUUGAAGGGAUCAGCUUUGUCCUUCGAUGGACCACCCAAAGGAGCAGAAUAUAACCCGAUAACGUGAAAACUAUUAGUAUCAUUGUGAGAAUGAAAGAUAACUUAAAAUGGCUCAUCAGGAGUUGGAAUUGAAACUUUGAAAUUUGAAAAAAAUACCGACUUAAACAGCAUUAGAAAAGAGCUUCUAUGACCCGAAACCUCACAUUAUAAGCUGUUUGGAUUUUCGCAAGUUUCUCCGCACUAGGAUCGGAGUUCCAUGCCGAAUAAGUCAUCAUAACGAGAGAUAGUGGGAUUGAAAUGAGGAUAGUGAGGGCCAAAGGCCUGGAAUUCUUGAAUUUGAGAGUUUUCUGCAGUUUUGAAGCAUCUCGUUGCGAAAAAAGAAAAAAAAACCUGUAUUUUUUUUUUUGAGGUAUACUCAAACCUCUAACUACUCUAACAAAAGGGACGGUGCACCUGUGUUGAACUCCCUCUCCCUUAUUUUCCAUUGUCUAAAGUUUCAUUUUGAGUUGUUCCGAUAGCUCAAAGAAGACUUUUUAUUCGACCCGGGGGAAGGGGGUGCCUGCCAUUCAGAUCGAACAUCAGCGAAAAGUUCUCUUUUUUUUGGGGUUCACCGCGGUUUACACCCUCAUUUUCGUAAGAGUUUCCCCAUUCACAAAAAUUUUCCUUCAAAAAAUUAGUACCGUGUCCUUUUGUAUGUUUACUCAAAUUUGCUACAAAAUUUUGAGCAUAUAUCCAAAAAAUCCUCACCAUUUGAAAUGUCUGGUGAACCAGUCCGCCUUUUCAAAAAAGCUAAAAAGUCUGUGAAGGCACAGAAUCGCGUCAAUGAAUAUCAGAAUAUGGGGACAGCACAUGCUGAAAAGAAAGUAGUACUGGACGAUGUCGGCGAUUUCGUCGGAAAAAUCAGACGUUAGCAUGAAAAUCGGACCAGUGAAUCCAAUCAAUGUGACUAAUUCCAUACAAGGGACCGCCGCGUAGUAGUCGUGCUUAACUUAUUCAAUGAUAAAAGGAAAGAAACUUUGAGAAAUGAAAGAAUUGCAGCAGUAUCAUUGGACUUCUCUAGGAGCCGCUUUAGUGGUCACUUAAAAAUGAAUAUUUGUCCCAUUUGAGAAGAUAACUUGAAUUAAAUGUUUUUUUUUCUAAAAAUCGUCUUUUAUACUUUUUGAGAGGCCAGGAUUUCCAAAAAUAUUAUUUAAUUGUUUUUUUUUCCGGUUUUACAUUGAAAGAUUUCCAGGCCUCUUGAAGUAAUUUCUUAACCAAAAAUCGAAAUUACUCUUUUUGCCCUUUUUUUCAAUUUUGUUUGAAGUGCUUUCACUUUGACUAUACCUUCUUGUCUUCAGAAUAGCACUUUAUCAAAAUAUAGAUGAAGAUGAUAUGAAGGGAAGGAAGGAUUAUCAAUUGGGCAAGGCCAAUCAAGAGGAGAAAAAUAACAAUUUCCAUUUUCUUUCAAUGAAGUUUUAUAUCAAAAGUGAGCAUUUCGAGUUUGAUGGCAGGUGAAAAAGAAGGAAAUAAAUAAAUAUGAUGAGGUUUUUCGCUGCAUUUUCACCUUUUCGUAAAAGUUGAAAAGGUCCGAAGGCAGUUAAAAAUGGCCAAUACUUGAGAUUCCGCUUAGAAACUCCAGAGGGGUCUCUAUAGGGGCCCUUCGACGGCCUCCUAUAGGGAUCACUAAAGUUUUCAAAAGUGGUCCCUAUAGGGGUUAUAGUUUUUGUCCAUUAAGGGGACAUGCUAGUCGAUAAAUGCCCUAUAGGGUCCACUUGAGCUUUAGAGGCUAGGGGGAAAGGCCACAAGCCCCUAUAGGGACCACCUUAAUUUUGACCUAUAGGGACCACUUUUUCGGUCAAUCCCUAUAAAGACCACUAUGGAUUUCUUAAGCAAAUCUUUAUUUUGAAAUAUGGAUUUAUAUUAACAUAACUUUCUUGAAUUCAGGCCCCAGCAGCUUUCGGAUUAGUAUCAUUCCUAUUGGUCGAAUCGAUCGAUCGACGAGCAAUUCGGAAGCAUUUGAUGAUUUUCUCGUUCGCCGCACCUUUUGCCGCCCUUGUCACGUUCCUCUUGAUUAUGAACGUUGUGAGUUUUUUUCUAUUAAAAAAAUAGAACUGAAUUUUGAAAAAAAUCAACAAGGUUUAUUUAUUUAUUUAAAUUAGGGCAAACAAAUGGAUGCUUUUUUUCAGGCGCUCGGCCUGAAUUUUAAAAAAAUUUAAAAAAACUGAAAUGAGGGGAUAGACGUGAAAAACGGAAAAUUUCUGUUUUACUUUCCAAAAAAAUAGUUUUCUGGAAGUUUUGUUCAAAGUUUUUUUUUCUGAAAUUAGGGAUUUCGCACGUAAUUUUCAAGAGAAUCUUUGAAAUUCAUGAAAAAAAUCACCAUUUUACCUUAAGAUGGAGGAUUCAUCACUGCGGUCCGAGUCCUGGACUGGAAUUUUGAUGCUUUUUUUCGGCUGGCACCUUUUUGUACGUCGCAACCGUUCAUGUCCUCCCUGAAUUGGUAAUUUUACUCCUUUUUUUAGAACCCUUUUGAACAAUUGCUUGCAAUAUUUCCAAAAUUAUUUCAAAUCUCCGAAAGACCUGUUUCUUUUCUAUCGAUAGAAAAAAAUUUAUAUAUUUUUCCAGGCCAAUCACAAAACGUCGGAUUAUUCCCUGGUUGUCGACGCCCAAGCCCCAGCUUCCAUUGGUGGUCAUUCUCAUUCUGGUAAUUUUUUACCCUUUUUUCCACCAGAAAAUGUUAUUUUCUCAAGAAUUGUCCUCAUUCGUAACUCAAAUUUAACGGAUACUAACUUAUUUUGAAAAAAAAGGCAGGGUUUCAUAAUAGUUUCUAGGAAUAAGAGAGAAAAAUCAAAAUUUUAGAAAAAGUGUUGAAUAAAAAGAAAAAAAUUUUUUGUGAAUUUUUACAAUGAGCGCAGAUUCGAUUUUCAGAUCCAAUUUUUUUAGAUGAUAAGUUUUUCGGUCAAAUUUACUGUAAUGAAGUUUUGGUAAAUUGGGCCAAGUGCGCUCCACGGACAAAAUUCAUUAAGCCGCAUUUUCUCGAUUUUCAAAUAAUUCCUAGGCUUCUCGAGAUGUAGAAAAAUUCCUUCGGAAAAAAUUGAAUAACUGCGCUAUUAUCCGUUGUAGAGCACAAGUGUAUGAAAUUUUUGAAAUUUUAUCAAGGAAACUUUUUUUUACAAUGGAUCUGAAGGCUUUCCUUGCAAUUUUAAGGCUCUGCAAAGCUUGUAAUGAAAAAUUUGAAUAAAUUCUGCUAUUUUCUCUGACAUUUUUUUCCGAGAAUAAGGAUAAAAAUAUUCCAGCUGGCCCGAGUUACAAUUGCCGGGAACUGUUGCUGA